UUUAGACAUAUACCAAAGCUCAUACAUGGUCGACUAUAAACCCUACGGGAAGCAUAAGUACUCCGGAGUUACACCACAAGAGCAAGCAAAGCUGGAUGCCCAGCUCCGGGGCAAAGAGUUUUAUAGGUCUGUCCCCAGUCCCAACCCCAGGCUAGAGGAUGGAUACCCUGCCUUCAAAAGACCCCACAUGACUGCCAAAGACCUUGGAUACCCUGGCUUCUUCCCACCACAGGCCCAGGUGACCACCUCAGAGGAUGAAUGCAGGUCCACCAGCAUCUGCCCUUCCGUGCACCCAGUGUCCCACAUUCUGUACCUGGCCCAGGGUGACCCGAACCAGGUCCAGCAGAGCACCGACUUCCCAUGCCUCCUGGAGCCUGAACGCCAACCUGCUGCAGACAAGGGCAAAGGCUACUUUCCGCUGCCCCGCUGCUUCUGUCCUCAUCACCAUACAGUCAAGGUCCCCAUCCUGAACAGGUGGGGGCCCUUGAGGCCAUUUUACCAGUAGGAAGGGUGAGGACAGCUUCCCAGGGCACUGUGGAAAUCCCUCCCUUUCACAAGGAA